AUGAGCGCCAUGGCUAGUUCUGCGGAUACCACUGGAUUCAAGAUGUUCAGUGGAGGCCUGGAAGAUGCUAAGGAGUAUCGCCGUUGGAAGGUUUGGGUCACCAACAAGCUGCUCACUCUGUCAGAUAAGGUGCUCCAGGCCAUCUUUUCGAUGCAAGCUGCUGAAGGGGAAAACCUCAAGACAUGGAUUUCCCGAGCCACUGAGCUCUUCGACCGCUGCCAACGCAAAGUCAAUGUCAACUUCCCGGAGGAGGCAAGAGGCUGGCUGAUUUUACAUCGUUCUGGCCUUUUAAGCGAGCAGAAGGCUGUGAUUCUAGCCCGGUCGUUGGGAAGCCUCAAACGGGAGGACAUCGGUCGAUCUAUGAGAUCAGUAUAUCCAGAGUAUGUUGUCAGCAAACGUCGUGCAGCUGGUGUUUCAUUGAUUGAGGAUGCCACCAGUGUUGCUGACGACAAUAUUGAUCCUGAGGAUGAAGAGUUGCUCGAGUUCGAACAGUUCAUCGCCGAACACCAAGUCACAGGCGAUGAGCCAGAAGAAGCGUUUGACGAACCUGAUGUGGCAGAGGCCCUUGCAGUGAGCUGGCGUGAACGUCGUAAGGAGAUGGGACAGUUGCAGCGUGCUCGCAAGUUCAAGCAGGCCCAAGAUGUCCGCCGUUCGUUCAAGGUGGAAAUUGAAGAGCUGAAGCGCCGCGUUAAGUGCAACAAGUGCGGAGCUGUUGGACACUGGGCUCGUGAAUGCAAAGCCGCUGGAAAAGGUUCAGGGAAGAGCAAAAGCCUUCCUGUCAAGGGCAAGGAAAAUGCUGCUGCCAUGGUCGUGGAAGAGACCUUUGUUGCCUUGGUGGAUUGUCAAACCACCCCUUGGUUGUCCCUUCACCUCCUUCGUGAGCGACAAGCACGUACCUUCUCAACGGAAUCUGAACAGCUGCUCGUCAGUUCCCCAGGAUUUGGCGUCCUGGACUCAGGCUGCGGUCGCUCAAUCAUUGGAGCUGAUACAUUGGCAGAGUUCAUGGAAUUGUGGAAGACACAUCGGACUACACCUCCCAUGCCUUUUGAUGAAGUGAAUCACUUUAAAUAUGGCAGUGGCCAACAGGAGACUUCAAAGCAGGCCAUCAAAGUCCCAGUCAUCUUGGGUGGUUGCAAGGGAACAAUCAAAGCAGCCAUUGUACAAGGGCAGGCUCCGUUGUUGAUUUCUCGCAGUGCCUUAAAAACACUGAAGGCGGUGAUCAACUUCGAGACCAACGAGCUGACAGUCUUUGACAGUCGUACAGUGGUUCCCCUUUCGAUGAACCAAGCUGGACAGUACACCGUGGAUCUGAUGGGAUCCCCUGCUGAGACCAGUGAUUCCUUCUCAGAAAUCAUGCUUUCAGCUCCUGCUGAGUUGUCCGAGCAGCCCAGUUCAACACCUGCAGCCAUUUCGCCUUCCGAAGCAUGUGAGCCCACUCCAGUAGAAGAUCAGGUCCCGGGCCCAGAGCAUCCGAAGUUGUCGCAAUGGAGUCGUGUUGAUGCAUUUUCAUCUCACAUCCCAGCCAUUGGAAAGCAAGGUCCCAGGUGGUCAUCCGUUCGUCGUCGUAUCGUCACUGACAUGGACACGCAUGAAGUGUUGUUUGAUGAGCAAAUCCAACCCCAACGGGGAAAGAGUUUCUAUCGGCGUGCACUGCCUUCGUCAGUGUGGCGUUGCCAGACUGAAUAUCACUUCUUGCCUCAGGAAGAGACAUCGACAAUUGAGACCUUGCCAGUGCAUCAUCUACGACAAUUGGAGGUUCACACAGGCAAGAAAGCGGCUUGGCUGAAGUCCAAGUAUCCAGAGCGGUUCAUGGGAAGCCGAUUUGUCAUCGUUCGUAAGUGCAGUGCUCUGAAGAGACAUAUCAGGAACCACCCUGAUCGACAUGUCUUGGACCUCGACCGAUGCUGCCCAAAUGCAGGCUCUCCUCCGAAAGGCCCUCUCGAGCUUGUUGGAACUAUGAAUGAUUCCUCAAAGCGUCUUCACGAUGAUCAGCUGCCAGUUGCCAAAAGGAGUGUUCAGAAGUCACUGCAACGCUUUCCGUCGGACGAGAGUCCGUUGGGUAGCGGCUAUGUGAAGGAGAUGUUGCCAUCACCCUUUCCUGACAAGCCUGGAGAUGACAUCUCCGCCAUGUUUCCUGAAGGCAUUCAAAGCUUGUCACAGUGGGGAAGCACCGAGAUCAUGUUUGGAAAGUUCAAAGGCAAGGGAAUGAGCUAUGCCGAUCUUGUGGCUUCAAAGUCCGAUGAUUGCCUUAGCUAUGUCAAGUGGAUUCACUCUCGUCGUGCUUCAGCAACCGGAGAGCUUGGCGAUCUUGCCAAGUAUAUCGUAUGUGCUGAAAAUGUCAGCAAGCAGCAUGAUCCCACCAUGGGAGGAUUGAUUCCCGGCACAAACACUCGCCGAGUGUUCAAGGCCUAA